AGGGGCUGGAAGAUAUUCGCGAAGCGCUGGCUUUGGGGUGACUCGGCCCGGAGAAGCUUUGUGAUACCCCGCGGGGCGCACGGAGGGAGAUGUGGCAGCCGGCCAGCGAGAGGCUGCAGCACUUCCAGACAAUGAUUAAAUCCAAGCUGAACGUGUUAACCCUCCGCAAAGAGCCUCACACAACUGUGAUCUUCCAUGAGCCAGAGGCUAUUGAGCUUUGUACCACAACUCCACUUGUGAAGACCCGGCUGCAUGCUGGAUGCAAGGUGACCUAUCUGGGUAAGGUGUCUACCAAAGGACUUCAGUUUUCAUCUGGAUGCACAGAAAAGCCAGUGAUCGAGUUAUGGAAGAAUCAUACACUGGCCCACGAAGAGGUGUUCCCCUCAAAUGCCAUUCUCGAAAUCCGCCCCUUCCAAGUACGACUCCACCACCAAGAUGUCAAGGGUGAAGCAACCGUCCACAUGGACACAUUCCAGGUGGCCAGGAUAGCCUACUGCACCGCCGAUCACAACGUAAGCCCUAACAUUUUUGCCUGGGUAUACAGGGAAAUUAAUGACGACCUGAGUUUCCAACUGGAGUGUCAUGCGGUUGAAUGCGAGAGCAAGAUCGAAGCCAAGAAACUGGCUCAUGCCAUGAUGGUCGCUUUUAAGAAGACCUUUCACAGCAUGAAGAGCGAUGGUCGAAUCCACAAGGACAGUUCCUCCGAGGAUAUGUCCCAAGGAUUUGAGUCUGAUGAUGGUUGAACUCUCACUCCCUAUUCCCGGGUAAGGCGUCGGCAGUCUGGAGCAGCAGCAGCUGGUGAAGGGUCCAUAACAGGGAAGGGACUUAAGAACAUCAGCUGGUCCGCUUUCCACAGAGAAAUGCAACAUCUAUAGAGAUGCAUCCUCAAAGUGUCUGUUACAAUGCUGCUUUCCCAAAAAAUGUGACAACACUUCCCCCCUUUUUUCCCUUACUGUCUCCUACUGGAGCCUUGGUGGUUUGAAAGAUUUGCACGAUCUUAAUACGAUUCAAGUUGCCUUGGAAAUCUUUUGAACCUCUCCGAAAACAAA